GACGCUCAAGUUUCGCGUAUGGUAAAGAUUGUCCUCCCUGAGCCGCCGUAGCAAUGAUAAACACUGACAAGCAGCUGUUCCUUCAGUAUUAUGUUACAGAGCUCACGUGUAAGAUUUAACGUCGUGUAGUGUAGCAGAGUGUUGUACAAGCGAUUAGUUUGUGUCAGUAAUAAAACAAUGGAGCCUGUUAUACAAAUAAAACCUGGGGCGACCAAAUGGGACAUUCGUCAGAAAAUUUGGGACUACAUCGAGGAAAAAAAUCUGGCCAACUUUCCAAGGCCUGUUCACAACAGAAUCCCUAAUUUCAAGGGUGCUACCCAAGCAUGCGACAAGCUUGCAGACCUGCAGGAGUUCAAGUCCAGCCAGACAGUCAAAGUUAACCCAGACAGACCGCAGCAGCAGGCACGCUUUGUCACCCUGGAAGUGUUCAGCAAGACAAAUGAGGUGAAGGUGGAUCCUGAUAAAACUCUGGAGGGUGUCCGGAUGGCAGCACUUCAGGCUCGGAAAACUCUUCUGGUCCCAACUCCUCGUCUUCGUACUGGUCUUUUCAAUAAGAUCACUCCUCCUCAGGGGGCCACCAAAGAACAGCUGCGCAUCUGUGCCUCUGCUCAGGGUGUGAAGGACUUCAGUGUGCCUGUUGGCCUGGAUGCAAAGGUGAAGGUGGACCUGGUGGUGGUUGGCUCUGUGGCAGUUUCAGAGAAAGGCGUGCGAAUUGGAAAAGGAGAGGGGUUUGCUGACAUGGAGUACGGCAUGAUGGUCUCAAUGGGAGCUGUGGAUGAGUCUACUGUGGUGGUCACUGUUGUCCAUGACUGUCAGGUGGUGGACAUUCCAGAGGAGCUAAGAGAAAGUCAUGACCUUACUGUGGACUACAUCCUAACUCCCACCAGAGUUAUCCAAACUAAUUGCCAGUCCCCCAAGCCACUGGGAAUCAUCUGGAACAAGCUGAACACAGAAAAGCUGCAGAAGAUCCCCAUCCUGAAGAAGCUGCGUGAUCUGGAGGAAGAGGCUGGAAAGGAUGUGACACUGGGGGCCCCGCCUGAGGACGUGGAGCCAGGUCUGCAGACCAGCCGACCCCCGAGACAAACCAGAAGGAGACCAAGACAGAAUGCACAGCAGGAUGAUGAGGGAGAACCCAAACUGGAGAGAGGAGCAGAGUCAGAACAGAGAGCCAGACAGCGCCCGGCUCGAGUGAGGAAAGAAAGCAGAGGAGAUGCAGGUAAAGAGGGAGAAACCAAUGAGAGACGGAGAGGGAAGAGUGGGGGGAACAUGAGGGAGAGGGGCUCAGAGGAGGGUGGAAGUGAAGUCAUGUCUCAGCGUAAGCUCCCUGCAAGUGUGACCACAGUGUACCUUGGAGGAAUCCCUGCUGGGCUGCGUGUGAGUGAGCUGAAAACGGCCCUCAGAGAGAGGGAGGCAGCCCCGCUGAGGCUCACCUGGCAGGGAGCUCAGCACAGGGCCUUCCUGGACUACAGUGACCCACAGGCUGCAGACCUGGCCCUGGAGGCUCUGCAGGGUCUCAAUCUGAAUGGCAGCAGUCUGCAGGCUGAGCUGGCCAAGAGCCAGCGGGGAGGCAAGAGGUCCGGACAGUCCAACAGGAGACCAAGACCACCAAUGGCUCCAAAAUCUAAACCAGCAGGGCCGGAUGCUGAGAUUGCAGCCGAUGAGGUGACUGAGGAAUAAAAGUGACAGAUAGCACUACCUGUGGAGCAAAACUUAAUGCCUUAAGAAGAGUGUAGUUUGUUUUGUAAUAUUUUUGGAUUGAUCAGAAGUCAUUUAGAUUAACUUUAAUAUUGAGGCUAAUAAGCUUAGCAAACUAUGAACACAUAAAUAUGCAGUUGCUGGAUUACAGCAUGACAAAGCAAUUCACAGAGUAUUAUCAUUUUACUAUAGUUAAACACCUCUGUGCCUCGUUUAUUCACACGCACCACCUGGUCUUUGUCUUUAAAGACUGCAUACGUGGUCUUUUGUUGAAAUACAAGUAUUAGACCCACAGUUUUCAGACAACCAGGAUGAUCUGUUAUAAGACAGUCAUGUUUUUUAGAUCUGUUUUUUUCUGCUUGAGCUAAGGCAAUGGGGAAAAGGAAGAGCUGUUUUGCUAGUUAGUCGUCACCAUGUGUUCAUAGGUUCCAGAUGAUUCUUGACCACUACACAGUAGUACAGUAAAAACCUCUUGACUGAACAUUUAUAAAUUCAUAUAGGCCAAUGUUUGACCACACAGAUUUAUCACAGAUUUCUUUCCAUCUUCCCCACUUCUUGUACAAAUUUCAUCAAAUCUUCACAACCCAGAGAGGUUUUUUAUUCCACUGGAACAUAAAGUGAGACUGAUGUUGCCCUCUUGACAUGAAUUGCCAUAACACUUCAUCAGCCAACAUCAAAGAACCUUUAGAAUAGUGUGACUUUGGUCUGCACAAUCCUGACUCAGUUUGAAAUGUGCCCAUUUCAUCUGUAAAACAUUGAAAUCUUUCAUUUCUAAACAUCAAAUUGUGUUUUGCACUAGAGCUGUUCUUUUUAACUCUACUUGCUUAUAGUGCUUUAGUUUUUGCUUGGGUUUUUUUUUUCUGAAAUGUUAAAAAUAGAUACUGUACAUUUAAAACUACAAUCUUUGUACCUCUUUAUAAUAACAAUAACAUGUAAGGGAUUUGUGUGAUAGGUCAGUUUGUGUUUGAAGCAAUAUUAACAAAGAGAUUAAAUACACUACCAUGUCUGAAUAAAGAGUUACAGUGUUAAUACAUCUGUUUGUAAGACUUUACUACAUCCUCUACUAAAGCAUCGAAAUGUA